CGGAACCAAUGAGCUGCGUCGACAGCGAUUCCAGUCGGAAGUUUAGACGGUUGCUGAGGAAGAAGUGAUCCCUGAGUGACACAUUUUUCUUAAAUUAACUCAGUUUUACCUGCACCCAUGGCGUCCAGUUCCAACAUGGACAUCGAGGGUGCGACUCAGCAUCUGCGGGAUAUCCUCAAACUCGACCGGCCUGGGAGCAGCACCGAUGUGCCGUCAGGUGAUGGUCAGAGGAAGCCUUCUUUUAAUGGAGAGCUGAACGGGCUCUUGGGAGCAGCUGGUCUUCUCGGAGGCAGUGAUCAGUCCACCAUGGCAGAAUCUGCAGGAUCGGUGCCAGCAGACAUCAACAACACUCAGGAGAGUCAGAUAAUCUGCCUUUCUGGUGAUGAUGAGUCCACCUGCAUCCCCAUCAUCUCUAACAACGUGGAGAUUAUGGCCAGUCAGGAGUCCAGCAUCAACAGCAAGGCUCGAGGCAGCAACAAGGUGAAGAUCCAACCUGUUGCCAAGUAUGACUGGGAACACAAGUAUUAUUACGGCAGACUAAUAGCUGUGUCCAACAACUUCCUGGCCUACGCCAUCAGAGGCACCAACAACCACCCGAUGAUCCGUGUCCUCAGCGUGGAAUUUGCAGAGCGCUCUUUGCUGAAAGGCUUCACUGGGAUUGUGGCAGAUCUCGCAUUUGCUCACCUUGACUCCUCCUUGUUGGGAUGUGUGGAUGAAGCAGGCAAUCUGAUGGUCUGGCAGCUAACCUACACAAGCGGCAAAAUCCUAGAUCAGGUGGUGGUUCAUGUCAGACGGCCAGAGGGUACAACGCUGAGCUCCCAUCGUCGCCUCAUAUGGUGUCCAUUCAUCUUGGAUGACAACGAAGAAAACCAGGAUGACAUCACUCAGACUUUGGCCCUUCUACAUGAGGACAGGGCAGAGGUUUGGGACUUGGAAGUCUUACGAGCCAAUGUCAGCUGUUGGCCUGUGGAGGACACAGAGUUGAAAGAAGGCCUAAUUACAAUCAAGGGACACACCCAGCGAGUGAGUGAAGGUGCCCUAUCUCCAGAUGGAACUGUGUUAGCCACAGCUAGCCAUGAUGGCUAUAUCAAGUUUUGGCAAAUAUACAUAGAAGGGACACAGGACAAGCCCAGAUGCCUUCAUGAAUUGCGACCUCAUGUAGGACGACCUCUUUCUUGCCUUCUUUUCUGUGACAACCAUAAGAGACAAGAUCCCGAGGUUCCUUUCUGGCGGUUCUUAAUAACAGGAGUGGAUCAGAACCAGGAGCUGAAGAUGUGGUGUACAGUUUCUUGGACCUGUUUACAGACCAUCAGGUUCUCUCCAGAUCCUUUCAAUUCAUCAGUACUUCCAGGUCUGAAGGCCAGUCUGGAUCUGUCUGCUGAGUACCUUAUCCUCACUGAUGUACAGCGAAAGGUUCUUUAUGUGAUGGAGCUGCAGCAGGAUUUGGACAAGGGUAAGGCCAGCUUCACUGCCGUCUCCGAGUUCCUGCUGACCCACCCAGUGCUCAGUUUUGGUGUCCGAGAUGUCACUCAGAGCCGGUUACGACACACUGAGGUCCUCACUGCAGAGGAGGAGAGCGAGAGCAUGACAACAGAGGGCAAUCAAGGACCCACAGAGUCCAAGUCUGGGAUCCAGAUUAAACUUUACUGUGUUCAUACCAAAAUUCUGCAGGAUGUCCAGAUCUGGUUCCAGCCUAAUCUUGGUUCCACAGCCUUUGUACCGCAUUCUGACCUGCAAGAUGGUUUAGUAGGGCUUUCUGAUAUUCUGACAGACCAGACCUCUGACAAGGAGUCUGGCAGUGGCUCUCAGACUGACCUAAGGAAUAUUCUGUCACUUCCUGCUCCUACUGACUUCCUGAUAAGCUCAGGCAGUGCAAUGCCCAAGCUGAUGACCCCUGAUGCCUUCAUGACCUCAAGCACUUCGGUACCAGCAUCUCCUGGCAGCAGCGCCAGCAAUCUGACCAUUACAGCCAUCAGCAGCAACUCUGACUCUGCAAACAGAAUGAUAGAGGAAGUGAGUCAGAGUCCAGGCAGAGCAGAAAACAAUGGCAGCUCCAGUCUGUUGCAUUCAGCCUCUGCCAGCAGUCCAAGAGCUGCACCUGUAUUGCUGCCUGGACUGGAGAACUUACAGUCUUUAGCAUCACCUAGUGGGCCUUUGGUGCUCGACAACCCCCAGGUUCUGGAUUCCUCCAUCCUUCCACCACUGGCCUCUCCGACUAGGGCCCGCUCCCCUGAUGUCAUCUCGUCAGCCUCCACAGCGUUGUCGCAAGACAUGCCGGAGAUAGCGUCCCAGACGCUGCAGCUUCAGCGUGGAAUGGUACCCAGCUUGGAGUCCUUACCUCUGUCCAGCCUCCAGACAGACAGCAUGGCCUCUGCUGCCUCUGCUCUGCACCUUCUUACCUCACCACGGUCAGCCAACAACAACAGCCUUUUGCCCCUGGAGCUUGGACGGUCAGAUGGGUCAGUGACUGGCACAGCAGAGUCAGAACCCAGACUCAGCCACACCCCAUCCCUCCUGGAGAAUGCCCUGUCACAGGAGAACUGUGUGGUGGGGGGCGGGGCCUCCGACGGUGCUGUUACACACACGCCUUGGCCUGCUGCGCCUGACAUCACCAGAGAAACCAGGAACAGUCUGAGAGACAAUGGUCUUGGGGACUGCUCCCGAGAGGAUUCCAAUGGCAGACACUUGAGCUCGCCUUUCCACCGACGCACUUACCAUCUCUUAAACACUGACAGUCAGGACCAGAGUGCAGAGCAGAGUGACCCCGAUGAUGAGGUGGCCAGCCUGGCAUCUUCCACAGGGAACUGUGCCACUCGCUCUUCUCACAGAAUGACUGGUAAAGACUGGAAGACCUCGCCACGAGGCUCGCCAAAAGCCAGGAGGAGGUCCAAGAAGGAGGACAGUGAAUCUCCUCAAGGCAGCAAAAUGGAUUCUACUCAGAUGAAAGUUGACGUGCAGGAGGAGUUGAUGAUGCUCCUGCGUAGUCAGCAGAGGGAGCUAGCAGACCUGCGAGGACAGAUCGAAGCCGUGCAGAGCUCCAUUCUGACCCAGGUUGAACGUGUCAUGGCCAACUACCAGGAACAAGAACAGUUCAGACUGGAGCGCUUGCUGUCAGAGAGACAGAAUCAGCAGCAGCAGCUUCAGGAGCAACUGAUCCAGCAGCUAAGCCAUUCCCUCUGCUCCACCUUAACCAACAGAAUGGACAAAGUGCUCAGAGAUGAAAUGAAGAAAACGGUCCCACAAACUGUCUCCAAGAGCCUGGAGCCAGUGACGGGUCAGCUGAACAGCACAAUUGCUGCUAAGAUGACCGCUGUGGAGGGCGUCCUGAAGGAAAAUGUGUGCAAGAUGGUCAAAUCAAAGAAUACAACGGAUGCCAUUGGGCGAGCAACAGCGGAGGCGAUGCAGGGACCCAUCCAGUCGGCCUACAAAGACACGUUCCAGAGCAUCGUGCUGCCUGUUUUUGAGAGAGGCUGCCAGUCGAUGUUUCAGCAGAUCAACGACAGCUUCAAGCAGGGCACACAAGAAUACAUUCAACAACUUGAGACCCACAUUAAGAGCAGAAAGCAGAGAGAACAGGAAUCAAGGGACCCUGUGAUUGGACAGCUCCAACAGAUGAUUGACAGCUUCCAAAACUCCACUGAUCAGCUCGCCAGUAAUGUCACGGCCAGCGUCCGGGCGGAGGUCCAGCAUCAGGUCCAGAUGAUGAUGGGAAAUAUGCAGGAAUCCAUCAUAAGCCACGUGCAGCGGGUCGUCAAAGGGGAGGUCAGUAUGGCCAUGAAGGAGCAGCAGGUCAUCGUCACCUCCAGCAUCAUGCAGGCGAUGAGGUCUGCAGCCAGCACACCCGUCCCCACGGCGCACCUCGACUACCAGACACAGCAGGCCAACAUCCUGCAGCUUCUGCAGCAGGGCCAGAUCAACCAGGCCUUCCAGCAGGCUCUCUCGGCAACAGAUCUGAACCUGGUGCUGUAUGUGUGCGAGACCAUCGACUGUCAGCAGGUGUUUGGGCAGAGCCCGUGUCCUCUGAGCCAGCCUGUGCUGCUGUCGCUCAUCCAGCAGCUCUCCUCCAACCUCAGCACCCGCUCCGAGCUCAAGCUCAGCUACCUGGAGGAUGCGGUGAUGAAUCUGGACCACAGUGACCCGCUGACCAGAGACCACAUGGCUUCUGUGCUGGCACAGGUGAAACCAAAGGUCUCCGCCUUCCUGCAGCAGGACCUGCACAACUACCAGGCACGGCGCCUGCUGAUCAUGCUGCAGGGUCUGGUCAACCCACAGCCCUUCAUUUAAAGACGCGGCUUCGCUGCGUCAGCUGGAACCCUCGGAGGACAUAUUGGACAGGACAGAACCACCCAACCUGAAUAGUUUCUUAUUGUUUUAAACCCAUGACUCAAUGAAGCAACGCGCAAUCUUCGGGUGGAAGAACGGGAAUCAUGGUGUUGUUCCCAGCUCCAGCAGGAGGCACUGUUAAGUUCAGAUCCUUUGUUUUGAGAAGAAUUUCAGUUCAUCCAUCCAUCCUCCUCUUCCCACCUCCUUCCAAAACUCUAAACUUAGAGAGUAGAAGCUGUCUUUUCUCUCUGAUACAUCCGUGGCCCGGACGCCAAGAUAGUUCUGGAGUUCUGUUGGACUCUUUAAAUCUGCUGGAGGUUCUUCCAGAUCAGUCUGUGUUGAUUUAUUCCUGAACAGCGUCCCAGAAGCCUCACUCUUUUUUUUUUUUUUUCUUCCUCUUCUUCCUGUAAUACCUUAAAAGACAUCCAGAGAGACGGAACGUCUGUCUCACUUGUUUGACGUCACAUCCAAAAUGUGCAAAGGGUUCAAAGAAUGUCCACGGUGAGUCUGGACCCACUGACCCACCAGAACCGAACUGAACAACAGUAAAAGGCGAGGUCAUUGUCGGCGAGUUUAGCCUCAUUAAUCAUGCCUUUCGUAGAAACGCGUGCCAUUUUCUGAUUGCACCUUCGUUAGUUUGGACUUCAGUUGCUGUGUUGCUUGUUUCUUUAAAAAUUGUGGCAACGACGAAGUUUGUCCUGGCAACCAAAAAAA